CCAGAGGGGAGGGGGCGGCGGGUUUUCAUGUGCCCAGCAUGAGCUCCUACUUCGUCAACCCCCUGUUCUCCAAAUACAAAGGCGGCGAGUCCCUGGAACCGGCCUAUUACGACUGCCGGUUCCCCCAGAGCGUGGGCAGGAGCCAUGCGCUGGUGUACGGGCCCGGCGGCUCGGCGCCCGGCUUCCAGCACGCCUCGCACCACGUCCAAGACUUCUUCCACCACGGCACCUCGGGCAUCUCCAACUCGGGCUACCAGCAGAACCCGUGCUCGCUGAGCUGCCACGGAGACGCCUCCAAAUUCUAUGGCUACGAGGCGCUCCCCAGACAGUCCCUUUAUGGGGCUCAGCAAGAGGCGAGCGUGGUGCAAUAUCCCGACUGUAAAUCCUCCGCCAACACUAACAGUAGCGAAGGACAAGGCCACUUAAAUCAAAACUCGUCUCCCAGCCUCAUGUUUCCAUGGAUGAGACCCCACGCUCCCGGGCGGCGCAGCGGAAGGCAAACUUACAGCCGGUAUCAGACCUUGGAACUAGAAAAGGAGUUUCUCUUUAAUCCUUAUUUGACACGAAAGCGCCGGAUUGAAGUCUCUCACGCCCUGGGACUGACUGAGAGACAAGUGAAGAUCUGGUUCCAAAACCGAAGGAUGAAGUGGAAAAAGGAGAACAACAAGGAUAAACUGCCCGGAGCCCGAGAUGAGGAGAAGGUGGAGGAAGAAGGAAACGAGGAAGAGGAGAAAGAAGAGGAGGAAAAGGAAGAAAACAAGGACUAAGCAAAAAAGAGAGACCCCCACCCCACCCCUUUAGCAACUCCCUUGAAGUUUCGUUUUAUGGUAGCGGAUAAAUUGAGAAGUUUACGACUGUCAUUUGCUUUUAUAGAGAAUAGAAUGACACUCACAACUCUAACUACCUGUCAGAUACUUGCAGUUCUGGUUUUAUUACCUUUGGACUUCCCCCAUCUUUAUUUGUUGGGGGGCUGGAGGGGGGAGACUGAGACACAGCGGAAAGUUCGGAGCCUCUGUCUCAGUCGUUGCCCCGACACACACACACUUGUCCCUACCCCCACCCCUCAGAGACCAGCCAGGAUUGUAAGGUCUGAGACCUGCCCUCUUUGCCCCCUCUCGCCCCUUCUUGCCACACUCCCACCUCCCUGCUCCUUUGGUAUUUAUUUUAGAGGGGAGCCCCCCUUAAAAUGAAGAAGACUCAUGGCUUUGUGUUUAUGCUAGGAUUAGACUAUUAGAUUUACUUCUUUUCAAAGGAAAGAAGGAAGGAAGGAAAGGAAAAGGGGAAAUGUUUAAAGAAAUAAAAAGGUGAUAGCAAGGAAUAUUCCUUCUCCCUUUCUGGGGCUCCCCUCCCCCCAUUAGGAAGACCACCCCCAACCCCCACCCCCACCCUUUCCAGAGGGUAGACAGGAACCUGCAGUUGCUGAAAAUCCUACCUAGUCAUCCCAUGGUCACUCAGGCCCAUGCCUCCCUCCCCUUCGCUGUCUGAUUUCUGUUGUUGGGCCUAGCUUCCUCUGAGCUGCAUUAGUGUUAGUGCUCAGAAAUCACCAUAAUCAUGAAAACAAUAAUACUGAUAAUACUGAUAAUAAUAAUAAUACUGAUAAUAAUAAUGCUGAUAUCUUUAACAUACUACCUAAAGGGAACCUGCAAUAAUCUUGAAAAAUAAAAAAGAGAAAUUUUUAGAAAUCCUAAUAUGGGAGAAAAAAAGAGAAAAAUUUUAAAAUGAAAAAAAAAAAAACCUCCAACGUAUUUUAUCACUACCUAUAGAAAGAAAUCCUGCUUUGAGAGUAUUCGUAAUGCGGUUUUGUUGUCGUUUGUUGCUGCUUAUUUCACUAAGAAAACCCAACAACUGAGACUGCCUAGCUCGCCGGUCCUGUGCGCUUUUAUUGUGCUUCUAACCCCAGUAGAGUAGAACUAAAUUGCACUGAAUGUAUAGUUAACUCUGUCUUGAAUUCUCUGUUUAUGCAAUGUGCUCGAAAGGAAAAAAAACGUUAAAAAUAUAUCUAUAAUAAUAAUUUUUGGUCAUUUGUCUUUACGUCCAGCUAUGAAUGUAGAUUUUGUGUCCCGGCAGCCCUGUUCCUGGUCCAAGUACUUUGUAUUGUAUACGUGAGUCAUAAUAAAAAUUUUAAAAAAGGAGAAAAAUA